AAGUUUUGUCUUAUUUGUGUGACCUUGAAUAUGAAAGUCACCGUUCUGGCUAGUCGAGCGUCACUCUCUGUACAAGUAGAUUUGUUCAAAGCAUACAUCACAAUUCUUAGAUUAGAUUUUUAAGUUUAUGUAAGAAAUAAUCCUUUGAAUCCAUCAAAAGAUGAAGCACGAUUUCUUCACACAUCUACCAUCAGAAAUCGUCACCAAUAUCCUCUUAAGGCUCUCUGUUCGAAGCAUUGCAAUUAGCAAGUGCGUUUGCAAGCCGUGGCUCGAUUUGCUCGAUGCCGAUGAUUUCGUCAAUUUCCAUCUUUCUAGAUCAGUGCCCGCCCUAGCUGUCUUGAUUCCCAAGGGGGGUUCAAAUCGGUGCCAAUUGUUCGAAUUGGGAGACGAACUCGAUCUCGAUCGGCUCCACGAUCCACUCACCAAAUUUGAUUUCCCUCACGGAGCAACAAUAGAGGGUUCUGCUAAUGGUUUGCUUAUUCUACAGAAUGAUGAGCUGAAUGAUGCUCUUUACGUGUGUAAUCCGAUCACGCGUGAAUUUUGCGAGGUCCCCUCGCCUCCAGAAGGAUUUGGUUUUGGUUAUGGUUAUGGUCAUGUAUAUGGAUUUGGGGCGAGCACAAUAACUGGGCAGCAUAAGGUGGUCUGUUUUAACCAUAAAUCGCAUGUUGAUCCUGGGUCGGGUUGUCAUGUAUACACUCUUGGAACAGGAUCAUGGAGACGCGUUGAAGGUAGCCCGAUUGUGUACGCGUAUGGGGACUUUGGUGCAUUUGUUAAUGGCAAUCUCCAUUGGAUAGUAGCAUCAGAGUCGCGUGACAAGGGAUGCAUUUCGUGUUUUGAUGUUGAAACCGAGUGCUUUAGCGCCUUCUCUCCUCCUAUUGAAAGAUGCAGCUUAAGUUUGUCCUUGUUUACUCUGAGGGAUUGCCUGUGUUUUUGCGAUGAAUCGGCUGCGGAUGAGAUUGUUAUCUGGUUAGUGAAGGAAUACCAAGUGGAGAGAUGUUGGAGCAAGGAGUAUGUCAUCGCCCAACAUCCUUAUCAUGGUGUCAAUGGCUGCUUCGAGUUUCUUCGCCCUAUCAAAGUGUUCCAAAAUGGUGACAUGUUGAUGUUGUGGGACGAGCAGUUCCUUUGCUACUACUUCAACAAGACUAGGACUUAUCAAGAAAUUGGAUUGUUUGGCGGUGUACGGGAUGAUGAUGACUAUUGUUAUUUCAACUUAAUGCUUCUCACCCCAACCUUUCUUUCACUCAAAUCUUGCGGUAUGGAGAAUGUAAUCUCAUUUUGAUUGCUUGCAUUGCGUUGUAUCUACAAACUAGGGAUGAUUUCCAUGUGUUGAUGUAUUGAAUUCCUGAAAAUGAUCAGAUUUUAAUGUAUGUAAUUUUCAUGAGUAAAAUUUGGUAAGUUUUCUUGAUUUGUUGAA